UAUAUAAUUAAGUUUCACUUUCUUCCUUAAUAGCUCUUCAAAACACUUUUUGUCCAAACUCUCUCUUAAAAAAUGAAGGUCUCUCCUCGUUUGAACUCAGCCCUUCUCCUAUUGUUCAUGAUCCUUGCCACAGUGAUGGGUCUGGUCACGGUAGAGGCACGGACGUGUGAAACAAGUAGCAACUUGUUCAACGGACCAUGUCUGAGCUCAAGCAAUUGCGCUAAUGUUUGCCACAAUGAAGGUUUUUCAGAUGGUGACUGCCGUGGAUUCCGUCGUCGCUGUUUGUGCACCAGACCUUGUUGAUAGAUGAUCUAUUUAUAUAUAAUGAAUAUAUAUUAUCAAAAACUUAAUAAUCUUUUCUAUGUUUUCUAUCUCUUUGAUCAUUUUCUGACUUUUAUCCUAGAUAUCGUUUGCCCUUGAAACAACAAUAAGGAGAUCUAAAAUCUUUAAGCCCUUUUGGCUUGAGCUUUCGAUUAUCUACCAAGGUUAAACAAUAGUGCCUUUUAGUUACCAUUUUCAAAUCUUAUGACUUUUUAUGUAUCCAAUUAGAUUGGACUUACGCAUCCAAUAUAAAUAAAACAUGAUUAUGUAUAAUAUCGCAUUUUUCUUUGAAUAACCAAUGGUCCAUGAG